ACAUUGGAGGAGUCGGCGAGGACAGUUAAGAAGAUUAAGGAAACGGAGUCGGAUAUUGUCAGUUCAGCGGCUAACCGCUCAGGUACAGAGGAAGAUAGGCGAAUGCUGCAGGCUGGAUUAAUUUACCUUGCGCUUACCGAGCCAGAUCUUCGCCGUUCUUACUUACAGGAUAUUGUUCUAAUCUCAAGAGAUAAUCUCCAUUAUGCUCUUUCUGAGCUAACUAGGUUAGUGGCGGAAACAUGGCCUAAAAUGCAUCAAGACGUCCGGAAAAAUAUGCUUAGCAUUACUGCUGAACUGCUUGCUACUCGCGGCGCAAAUGUUGACGUUUUGAUGUUGCAUUUGUAUCGGCGAAUGCAAGGUAUGAGAACCUUUAGUCAUUAUGUGUUUAGAAUUUUUGGUACACAUGCCUGUUUUGUUUUAGGUGGCGAUUUGAGUCCUCAGAACUUAUGGUUGAUCCAAUCACUUCUUGAUAUCGUUGUCAGAAAUAAGGAAUAUUUGGAACAAAACGAUCGAAAUCCUUUUCUUUUAUCUUUGACAGUCUACUCUUUUCUGCGCAUUAUACCAGACCAUCAUAGCGACACGAACUCAUUUCUAAAGACGCCAGAAGGCACUGCUUUGAUUUCAAAGCUUUCUGUUUUAUACCAACGGGAAUCUACUGUAGUAGUUGAACUGAUGCGAAAAAAUUUUGAUAAGUGCGUUUCUGCUGGACGAGAUCUAAUCCGGUUGCUCUCCUAUGUUUCUCGUAUUGAACCUUUCCAAAAGUUGUGGAGUGAUAUGUUCGCAGACAUUUCUUCUCUCUCUUCACUCCACAAGCAUGUGAAUUCUAUCUUGGAUAUUCUUACACCUGUACAACAUACAAGUUCUCUCAUUAGCCAAGAAAUGGAAGUUUGCAUUCGAUGGAUGCUUCGGAAUGUGCAUUUCGCUGCUAAUGUUCCAGUUAGACGCUAUCAGGAUUUAUUUAACAUGAGGUAUUUUUCAGCUCCAGAAAGUCAAAAUCUACGAGUGGCCCUGACAAGGUUUAUUGUAAACAAUUUCUACCCCGACAACGAUAUGCUCGCCUCAACUCUCAUGCCACGUUGGAAUGCCGUAUCUUGGGUUAUUUCAAUGUGCACUUGUCCAAUUGCACAUCAGAACUGCAAGAUGGCUCUCUUCUUUGAUUGGUUCUGCUUUCGACAUAAUGAAUGUAUUAUGAAUAUCGAGCCGGCGGUGCUCAUCAUUACUAAUAAUCUUGGCUCUACUCGCUUCCAGCCGUUUGCCCUCUCUAUGUUGGAGUUUCUAGUAAAGGCGAGUCCUACCGCAACCAACUUUCAUCCACUCCUGGCGGAGAGAUUCGCUUUUUCGAUUCGGGCAGGUAUUGACGACAGCCUACGUCUAGGUGUUAUUCGAUCGAUAAAUCCAAUUUUGGACACGCUGCUUCGGAUUGCUCCUGAGAUCUACCGCAACUUCGCCAAUCUUCUUGGUCCUCUGGUAGAUUCUACCCUACCCCUUUCUUCAGCCUCUGGGGCCAGUGGUGUUGGCAGCUCCACCGCCGCACCAGAAGGCAACUCUCUCGAGUUUGGAGGAGGAGGAGGAGGAGGCAGUGGUAGUGGUGGUGGAGGAAGCUUUGACGGUAAUAAAUUCCACCGACCUCGCUCCACAGUUGGCUCCUCUAAGUCCCACUCUUCUGAUCUUUUAAACAGACCCAGAGAUGCAAGUCACACUCCGGCUGCAAACACAUCCGCUACUGGUCCACCGACAGAUCCGCGACUUCGUCGAGGAAGUCUUCCGAGUGUCGCAUCUCCAAAAAACGGGGCUUUACCCCUUCCAUUCAAACCUCAACCGCGUCCGCCGUCACCAGAGGCUUUGGGCCGAUCAUCACCUCCACCCCUUCUUCUAAUCGAUCUUUCUCCCUCAGAGUUCUCAUCUCCAGAUGAGAUCAAGAAGGGCAAUGAAAACCAGCAGCAGUUGGAAGGGAAAUCUCGCUCUCAAUCAUCUCUACUCCCUAUGACAGUAUAUCCUCCCCUCCCAGCUGCGCAAGAUCUGGGAGCGUUGCCUAGUAAUUUCGAGACCCUGGCUUCCCCAGAAUGCAGAAUCGGUGUCAACUCUAGUGUAGACACUAUUCAGCAAAGGAUCGACGAUCUGCGUCGGCGGUUUCAGUCUUACCAACUUCGUUACACGUACAAGAUAAAAACUAAUGUUAAUGUGUUUGCGAUCCUUAGCCAAUUUGUCGGCGACCUUCAUGAAUACUUGGAGAAGCUGAUUUUUAAAGCGCAGGCCGCGGGACUCUUGAGGGAGAUGAGUGGGUCGAACGGAGAGAGUAGAAGCUCAACGCCGGCAUCCUUGCCUGACGAUGCAGGCCUUGAAGAUGUGUGUGAGGCGAUGCAGAACCUCAUCGACUCCGUUCUAGAAGACGACUUUUCUGAUGAUUUGGCAAUGGUCGGCCGAAUCGCAGAUGUUAUUGGUCAGAUCUGCCUACCUCUCUUUGAUACUAUUGCAGAGUGUGGUAAUGCAACAAACCUCGAAAAUAGCAGGCUUGGUAGUGUUCUUCUACCCUCGCACCUGCCUAUUACUCAAGAGCAAAUUGAUGGCAGUCUCGCCUCUCCAGUGUUCGUGCCACUUCGAAAUCUCUGUGAAAUGAGUCGAGCCAAUGCGAAACGCGAGAUCCUUCUGCUUCUGCUCACAGAAAUUCAAAUUCGGCAACCUCGAAUUGGAUAUCAUUUGCUUUACUUCCUCACUGUCAGCACUGUAAACGACGACAGAAUGGCAACUUACCGAAGUUUCUGUGCAAGUCAAGAAAAUUCUAGCCUUCUUGUGUGUCUUUAUCGCGAUCUGCAGUUGCUUGCAGAUGAUAAUCGGUUCCUUUUCUGUUUCCUUCUACCAACAAUCUACAGUGUGUUCGCGGCUGAUCUCGCUAACAACUCGGACUUUCUUCGCCUUGUUGUUAGCAAAAUUGACGCCAGCCAGGUGAAUUAUCUCAUCAGCGAGAUCCUGCGUGGACACCUCAACCUCUUCCAUCGUUCGGAUAUUACAGAUGUCCUCAAAUCCAGUUUGGAGUGGAGUUCGACGGAGCAGUCAUUCUUCUGGCAGCUUGUUGGUGCACACGAAUUGCCUACCAGACAUUUCCUUCCUCUCAUCUCUCUUGUUGAUGGCCAAAAGCACUCUGAGGCGUGCUCUCAACUUCUACUCCUCCUGCAGCUUGAAAAACCAACGAACGAGAUGGUGCGACUCCUGCUGACCCGUGCAGCCUCUAGUCUUAAUUCUGCCGUGGCUGCUUCCAACGCAGCUGAUGACCUUCUCUCCGUUACUACUCUACAUUAUUGGGGUCGCCCGGGUGGUGCUCAUGCUCAACGCUUUGCUGAGAUACUUAGCACCAUGGUAACAACUGCGGUGAACUCCUUGCGUUGUGGUUAUGACGCUGAGGAGGGUGGCAUUGCCGCAAGUAGAAAAAGGAAUGGUCCAAAAGCCGGAGGUAGCAAUUCGGAUCAGAUGCCCCUCUUGAUCUCCAUUCUCACACACUUAGAUUGCAUGCGGCGAAAUUGCAAGAACAUCUCGAUGCUACAAGCAACAGAGCUUCAAAUUUCUCUACAACAAGUCAUUAUCUCCACAGGAGUUCCGGCGCAUAUAAAGGAUCGUUUCGCGGAACUUCUUAGCCUAGUUGAGAAUGACACCAUGGAGAUUGCCUCGGCCACAUCAACUGCAACUAGAGCUAGUGGUACUUCACGAAACAGUAAGCAGGAGGUUAAAGAAGUUCUUGGCACUGGGUCUUCCAAAGGGGGACACAGUCUCCGUAAUCUCGAUUCGAGACGCGCAGCUGAGGCGGAACGCAGAAGAUCUAUUGCAUUAGAAGGCGGUAAGAGGAAGCUGACGCGCAAGAAGUGGGGCGAUGAAGAAGGCGAGGGUGAUUAUAGUUCGGACACCUCAAACAAUAACAAUGGUGCUAACAACACCAGCAGUAAUAAUAAUGCCAAUUUGGAGGAGGACAAUGAUAGUGAUGGGAUCUUGGCAAUUGAUGACUCUAUGGAUGCUUCUGUCAACACAGAGAAUGAUGAACAGGAUCCCGCUGCAGCCUCUAUGUCUUCGUCAUCGCCUAACUCUCCUGAGGGCGACAACGAUAACCUGUCAAGUUCAUCCGGUUCUGGUUCAGAAGAGGAUGAUGACGAUGAGGAGGGGCCUGUGGUUCGUGGCAGAAAGCGUUCAACAAAGGGUCGUUCUUCAGCACCUAAAAGGCAACAUCCGCCUGCAAAGAAGCGCGCCACUGCAAGGACUCGGAAAGCGGCGGCAUCGGUUUCUGUAGAUUCAGAUGAGGAGGGAGGCGAGGAGAGUGACUCUGAGGAUGCGCCUCGAGUCACUGGUCCCUCAAAGAGGCGAAAAAUGGUUUCUCGACGGCUCCUCGAUGAUUAA